UUUCCCUACCUCGAAAUGGAAGUCGUAUAUGCGGCCGCGACGGAAGUACUAUACAUACCGAUGCAUCCGCAGAGCUGGAGACUUGCCACUGCUGCUGCUGCUGCUGCUGCUGCUGCUCUGUUCCUCAUUCAAUGGAUCGGUCGAUAGUACGAUACCGAAGCAGACAAGCACAGUACCGUGGCCAUCCUCUCGCCUUACGGGGAAGACUGGUGGUUGCUGUUGUUGUUCACACCCUGCACAUGCACCCGUUGAAAAAGAGAUGUCACAAACGAGGAAAAAGCAACGAAAAAGCCAAUCGGCCGGAAGAAGUGGGCGCUGGCCACUUUGGGUACUGUACUGUCCAGUCCAGUCCAGUCCAGUCCAGUCCAUGUAAGGUCGACCUGGCCUGCGUAAGAAGCGAUCCGGAAUGGCAACUCGCUCAGCGCUUUUUUCGUGCUGGCAGGUCUCGGCUCGUCUACGGAGUACUCCUGCUCAUUAUAGUACCGGUGAGUUGGGGAUGGCUGUCACUAGGGUCAGGUCAUGGUUUAGCUAUGUACGGGGCUAUAUAUAGCUGGAGAUGGUCAAGGUGAUGAGUAGAGCGAGCAGUUCUAUCUGUUUUGUGCUCUCCAACCCGGAGUCGGGAAAGCCGACUCCAGACCUCGAUUGAGAUAGGGGAGGCGGAUCGAAAGAUCAUCCCAGAGGUGUAGGCUUUCUCGUAUACCAUG